CUCCCGGAGCCGGCGGUCGCAGCCGACCCGCGCCAGGGAGCCAGGCGGGAGCGCGCGGCCGAGCCCCGGUGCAGCAUGACUGCCAUUGCCGUGCAGGCUCAGAAGCUGCUGGCCCAGAGGAGGCCCCGCCGAUCCUUCUUUGAAUCCUUCAUCCGGAACCUCAUCAUUUUAUGUGCCGCCCUGGCUGUGGUCCUCUCCUCUGUCUCCAUCUGUGAUGGCCACUGGCUCCUGGCUGAGGAUCGCCUCUUCGGGUUGUGGCACUUCUGCACAGCCUCCAACCAAACAGGGUCUCACUGCCUCCGAGACCUGAGUCAGGCUCACAUGCCCGGGCUGGCCUGGGGUAUGGUCCUGGCUCGCAGCCUGGCUGCCUUGGCUGUGGUGGUCGCCAUUUUUGGCCUGGAGCUCCUCAUGGUGUCCCAGGUGUGUGAGGACCUCCACUCACGGAGCAAGUGGGCCAUAGGCUCCAUCCUCUUCCUUGUCUCUUUCAUCUUCUCUUUCGGGGGGCUCCUGAUCUUCGUGAUCCUUCUCAGGAACCAGGUCACGCUCAUCGGCUUCACCCUGACGUUCUGGAGCCAGUUCACGGCCUCCUUCCUCUUCUUCCUGAACGCCAUCAGUGGCCUUCACGUCAACAGCAUCACCCACCCUUGGGUCCAGCCUAUGAAAUUUUAGGACAUAGAGCUCUACAAGAAAGUGUGGGCAAGAUGGGACUUUUCCAACAUGUGACCUCUGGUGGGUAGGGGUGGGACAGUGACUUUGAGACUGCUGCCUCUUCACCUUUAGCCAGAAAUGUCCCAGAGGCCUUUGCAGCUGGUCUGCAGGCCCCAGAGGCCAGGUGGGUGCCUCAGUGCCACCAAGUGUACCAGCUUAGCCAAGUUAUUAGGAUGCUGAUUUUAUAAGAAGAAACAUAUUUUAAAGCCUUUUCUUGAAUCUUUUCCUGGGACGCGACUAGAUUGGAAGCAGCUCAGUAACUGAUGCUCAGAGUGGCUGCACAGCCAAGGCCAGUUCACACCUGUUUUAUUGAGUCUGCUGGGAUGUGGGCUGUAGAUUCCCUGGGGCCUCCUGGGUUGCUAAGGGUGAAUCAUUUUUCCAGCAAAGGAUGUCCAAUCAGUGCCUAGGACUUUCUUCCACCAGCUUAAAGGGCCUUUGUGGAGUUUUCCUGCUCUAGCUUUGGUCAUGCCAGCGAAGCAGAAGUCAGGAUGUCCUGCAUACAGUAGGUUUUCAAACCAUUUGACUUCACUUGAGCCCCGCUCUUCAGGGGACCCCAUAAUCCCUGGAUAAUCCCAGCUUCCAGCAGCUAGCUGUCCCCUCUGGGGACUCUCCCUGUCAGAAUCCUGCCUUAAGCCCUUCCAGGAGGGCGCACCUGACUUCUAACACGCUGUCCUCUCUGAA